GACCCGAAGGGCGGCCGCAAGCACAAGGGCGGUCGUCAUGGCAAGAAGGGUAGUGGCAAGGGCGGUAAGAAGGGCGGCAAGGGUGGUAAACCCCGGAAGCCGUACAACCCGGACGCCUGGUGCGAUUACUGCAGCCGCGCCGGCCACUGGGAAUCGGAGUGCCGUACCAAGCAGAAUACCGACGGCGGCAAAACUGGGGCACCGGGGAAGCAGUACAACUCGUAUGCAGCAUCCGGCGACCACAACAGCGGUGGACACCACCAGCAGCAUGGUGGAUACCACCAGCAGCAGCAGCAGCAGGGGAACUACAACCAGUACGGUGCCCAGCACCAACAACAACAAAAUCCGUACCCCCCGCAGCAACUGCAACAACAGAUGGUCCACCAACCGGCGAACCCGAACUACAACCAGCAGGGCGGAUUUUUCUGUGCCGUGGCUGUCGAAAUCUCCUGCCCCGACCACCCCCACAGUGCGUUUGCGACUCCCGCGACAGCAAACACGGUGGAGAUGUUCUUGAUGCUGGAUUCUUGUGCGAGCAAGCACAUGGCGGGACCGGUGCGGGUUCUGCAUGAACUCGUGAAAGCGCCGGCAAUGUCGUUUAGCACGGCAAACGGACCGACCACCAGUACUACCACGGGUUCUAUCUGGUUGGAAACCUCACCGCCGAUCAAGCUCCAGAACGUUGCCCACGUCCCUAGCCUCGGCAACAGGGUGUUGCUGAGUUAUCCGCUUUUGCGCAGAGCCGGUAUCCCGAUGUCCUUGGACAAGAUGCAGUUCUUAUCCUACGCGAUCCAGCUCGUGGAAGGAUGCACCCAGAUCAAGCUCCCGGUGCGUAUCAACCACAAGGAACCGAUCCAGACGGCGUUUGUAACCUGCAGCGAGGAACUCAUGCAGGACUUGUGGUGCGCCACCCAUGAUUACUUUAAUUCUUUGAUUGGUUUCGAUAGCUCUUUGCGUCUUCAGUUUUUCGAAAUCGAUUGCAAAAAUCUCAGCACAAACGAGAUAAUCGCAGAAGUCGUUCACAACCGUCAAAAACGACUUGCACUACUGGCGCCCAUCAUCAAUGACGAGAUCAAAGAAAAACUUCGCAUUUUGUCAGCGUAUCUCGAUGAAAGAGUAGUAGUGCUUGAUGGCCCGAGUCACCACCAGCAUCGGACAUUUGAAAUCAAAGACGACGAUGUCAGGUGGCUUGCAUCUUGUGCCUAUUCUUUCCCCGCGCCAGAGGUUCCACCAGAGGACCAAUCGCAUGAGCCUGAGCCUGCUGUAUCUUCGGACCCCACAUCUUCAAGCGCGCAACAGGAAGAUCGUGGCCAGGAUGCAACCCGCAGCGCCUCAAGCGAUUCUGAAAAUGCCGACCGCUCUGAGCUACCUACUUCGGAUCAUCUUGGCUCUGAGCAGCCCAAGGCCAAAAAGAAGAAAAAGGCCAAGAACAAAAAGCGCAAAAAGGCCGACCAGGACCAGGACCAACCAAAGCGAACGCGCCCGGCGAAGAAGUUCAGGCGAACAGAUUCGACCGAGGCCCCGGCUUUCGAGCAAAUUAGUUAUGAAAAGAUAUGCCAGCUUGGCGCUUGCCUUUUUAUGCCUACUUUCCAAAAGUUGUGGGAAAUUGUCCGAACGCUUGACAACUCCCAGCGCUCCAGAAGUAUGGUUAUUCACUUCUGCAAGCACAACUUGACGCGCCUUAAGACCCAUGCCUUUCCCCACCAUAAAGUCGGAGGAGUUGAAGCCAAUUCUUUGUCCGACUGGUGCGCCUUAGAUACGUUUUUUCCGUUAGGUAAGGAGUUUAGCGUGCUACAUGGGAUCAACAUCCAUUCCCGCGCCAGCACCACCACAACUUUCAAACGAGCAGUCAAGAUGCAGGACACUGCUGAUUUUUUAGAGUACUUGAAAACUGUUGGCAUGAUGGGCAAGAACAUUCUUUGCGACCAAGGCAAGGAGUUUGACAACAUAAAAGUGCGCGAAUGGUGCCAGCUGUAUGGCAUUCAGCUUUUCCUGACGCCUAAGGCUUCUUGGGUGAAUGGAACUUGCGAGCGCCGCCAUCGUCUUUUGCGUGCUGUUUUGCAUCGUCUUUAUUACGUUUAUGGCCAAAAGAGUUCUAUCAUCCCGCGCCUGGUACAACAAGCAACAAACGCGGUUAACAUGACGCCCACCGCUGCGCUUGACGGGCUUGCGCCUGCGCAGGUGCAGUGGGUCAUAAAUCCGUUUAAGCUCGAGCCUAAUUUUGUAGAAGAUUUGACAGAGCAGCAAGCAGUUUUAGUCAACGAGCAAAGUCCUGAGUCCGAUUACAAAAUCCGUUGUAGGGCCCGUGCUCUGGUCGAAGAGCUGAAGCACGACAGACAGCUUGUAGAUGAGACGCGGAAGCUGAGGGAACUUCAGCGCAAUUUUUAUCAUGAAUCCGACGAGUGCAAAGUUGGUGAAUUGGUAGAAAUUUUCGACAAGGACAAAGAAGCAUGGUUAGGUCCCUGCACCUUAAUCCAUCGCCAAGUGAACAACAACUCAGUCACUUUCGUUGUGGAUCAUGAUGGCAGGUAUCGCCGUUCGCAUGCGUCUCACGUACGUAGGCACCUGACGGCCACUGCUAUGACUUUUCCACCCAUGUUACUCAAAAGCCUCUACAAAACGCACAACGUCCCUGAUAGCCAUCCGGACACGCCCCAGGGCGAAUUUCUCGACGAAGAGACAACCAUCAAAAUAGUUCCGGAUGGUAAUGCGAAGGUCGCACCAAAAACCCUCGAUGCAGCUGACAGCAUCAAAGCCGACCCAAAAUCGAGCACCGAUGCCCCCGCCGCAUCAAGUAGCAGCGCAAGCUCGUCAUCUCGUGAACCUGACACGCUCCCGCCGCCUGGCAACGGUGGCCCGGCUGUCUCACUUGAUGUUGCACCCAUCGAACUAGAGAAAAAGUUCCGUCUUACCAAGGACUACUAUCAGGGCGUUUUCGACAAACUCAAAUCUGAAGAGGUGCAGCGCGUACGCCAGUUGAUCGCGACAACUGAAACAGCGCCGGUGCGUGGCGCUUGGAUAAAACGCAACGAACAACGUGAGAAAACGCUACUCACAGUGCGCGCGUUAAUCGAUGCUCAGCCCGAGUAUUCGCAUUUGAAAGAAGCACAAAAGCACAAAGUCGCUUCUGACAUCGCAGAACGAUGCCGACAGCUCAACAUCAACGACAUUAACGACAAUACGCUUGCAGCCAUGCUUGCGCCCCUCAUUUGUGCUGACUGGGAGCCUGGUGAAGUUUGCUACAAAGCUAUCGCUGUCCCUGAUCACAAGUCUGGUUUUGACACUACAGAGCCCGCUUGGAAAGAAGCCAUUUCUAAAGAAGUCAAAGCACAUUCUCACGUAUUCAGGCCUGCUACACCUGAAGAAGUCGAACGGUUCAAACGCAGCGGCAGCAGAGCAGUACCCUGCAAAAUGUUGCUUAGUGUAAAGCGCUGCGGCAAACGUAAGGCCCGGAUCGUAUGCUUAGGCUUUCUGGACAAAAUGUCUGGGAACCAGAAGUAUGCUACUGUGCCUGAUUUAAGUAUUUUGCGUAUGUUGCUUUGUAUGAAAGUUCAGUCACCUAGGAUGUUUGCAUUCCCUUCCGACGCUACUUCAGCCUUUUUGCAAGCAAAGUACCCAGUUCCGGUCGUGAUCGAUCUCGAUCAGCGAUUGCAAAACGAGCUAGGCUACCGCCUUGGUGUGGUAGAAUACGCCAUGAAUGGCCUGCGCCUUAGUUCCCGCGCCUGGGAAGACCACCGCGAUGCCGUUCUUGUCAAACAAGAAUGGAAGCGCAACCCCAUCGAGGCCACUCUCUGGACUCGUGCCGGUGUUUUGUUGUUAGUAUUUGUAGAUAAUUUUUGGUUUUUCGGUGACAAGGAAGAAGUUUUGAAGUACCACGAAGAACUUAGGCCCGCGCUAAAGUUACAACCCGAAGAGGUUCGCGACGAAGGUACGCACCUCGUCUACGAUGUCCUUGGCAUCGAAGCCCGCGAAAACAAAAAGACCGGCGACAUGGUCUUGAACCAAGACAAAUACGUGCAGAAAAUUCUUGAUCGCUUUGGCGGUGACACAGGUCGCAACACUUCCACGCCAAUGGAUGCGCCUCCUGAUGUCUCUGCGCCUGAAGUGCCUGAAUUAGUCAAAACCAAGCAAGAACUAACUGGCUCCUUACAGUAUUUGUGUCAAACCAGGAUGGACAUAGUCGUAGCUUUAAAGAUGUGCGCCCGCGUGAAAGCUACUCCCGAGUGCAUUUUGGCACUCAAGCGCAUCGUGCGCUACUUACGGACCCGCCGAGGUCUCCGAUACAAAAACCGAAGUGAAAAGUUUGGAGAUCGUCUUAUCCUCACCGCGUGGAGCGACUCCGACUGGGCUAGUUUCGGAGAUAGAAAGUCUAAUUCCGGCGUAGUGAUCUGUCUGAACGGAAAUGCCAUCGCAUGGCGUUGCGCAAGUCAAAACAGCGUUAGUUCUAGCGUUUCUGAAGCUGAGCUCUAUGGCAUGAGCGAAGCCGCGAAAAUGGUUUUACGUUUUCACUAUUGUCUUGAAUCUUUGCGCCCGUUUUGGAAAAAGUUCUUUGCAUCACACAGCCUUUUACUGCCUAUUCAACUUGGAUGUGACAACUCCAGCGCAAUUUCGUAUACUGAAAACCAAAACGGCACCAAAAGCGCUUUGAAACAUAUCGACAUCCGUGGCAUGCAGAUGCGCGAUUUGCAAGAGAAACAACUUAUCAAGUGCGUUUAUCACUCGACCAAGAUUAACAAGUCAAACGGUUUGACUAAGACUUGUCCUCCUAUCGAGUUUCGUGCAUUUCUCGAACUAAACGACAUAAUCGAGUUGGAUUAACCGAAAACGUUCCGAGUAUGAAAAACACCACAGACCGCCAGCAACCCUAACUGGACACCAACGAACGAACGAACGAACGCGAAGAAAUUCGGCGCAAGGGGGACUGCUGAUGACUAUCGAAGAGAGUUUUAUUAUGCACCAAAUUUAUUCGCUUCCAUUUACGCCUGCAUUUAUUUUUCGCAAGUCUCGCAAAGACUAUAAACAAAGAACCUGCAAUACAGAUUUUAUUUUUUGACUUUGGAUUUGGAGUGAGGGGGACUAUGACACAUAAAUCAUCAACCAACGAUAAGAACCUUGAUCCACUCCAAAGAUCCAAAGCACACCUAAACGGGCACGAUCGUCACUAAUUCAAUUCUACUAGAGUAAGAUGACUACUGAACCUGAAACAGGCUAAGACGGGCACGAACGUCACGGCAAGAAUAGUGAAGGUUCCCGAGUGCCCCAGUUUUGCCUGGGCACGCAGUACCAUCGACCUUUACUCUUCCAAUGAACCCCAGGGCCCUUGAUGCCAGUCAAGGCACACACACAAAUAAUCUCUCAUGCAUAUUUGUACCACCUCAACUAGGUGUUGUUUUUACUCGUAGUGGGUUCUACCUCGUCGUUGGUUAGUUUGUUCGCAUCUUCACAAUUCACACGACACAGGCGAGAUUUGUCUUGAAGUGGCACCACGACGAACAUGAGACUCCCCCAGUGAUUACACUCACAAUGAAAU